AGUCCACGCAUUCGUAGCGUAUACACGUUUCUUAGAAGGAGCGUUACUUGCUUGAUCAUACGUACACGUCAGUUUUGAUAUGAUGAUGGCCUGCUUUGAAAAGAGUUCGUCUAAUCGAGAUGCAUAAAGGCUAUUUAACUUUUGAAGACUUGAUAGAAGCACGAGUAAAAUGUAAGAAAGAAUUACGGCAUUUGUUGGUACAAAUGAGCGAAAGUACUACUACAACUGUCCUGAUGAGUACUUCCAGGAACGUGUUACAAGAGACCAACUUCGUCAUUCUCUUUACGUAUGCCAUUUACCUGACAAAUUCUACUCCUUCCAUAAUGUAAUUCUCGACAAGGAAGAACUUACUUUAUUGGUUUAUCCAAACAACACAACAUAUCACUUGAAUUAUUAUUUAGUUAUGGAUGAAUUAAUAAGUUUAAAUGAUCGGUGGAAAAGGUGAGAUUUAAUAAAUAAUGAAUAUUUAUUUAAAAGUUUUAUGAAUAAUUAGGAAGUUAUACUGUAAUGUAUAUGAUAAAGAGAUAUAACAUUUAUCAGUUAAUAUACAAAGUAUUAAUUUUUAGUGGAUAUAAGGACAACCUGACAAAUAUUUAUUACGGAAGAAUCCUUCUAACAUAUUUAAGGCAUUAUCAUCUAGAAAACGUAUGGCAGGAAUUUAUAAAUCGCCCUCCUAAACACCAGUUACUGGAAGAGGUAAUAACUUUUAUCAUACAAUGGUUUCAUCCGGAGAAAAAUGUCUCUUGCUCGCACAUAGAUAUGGACCUGGAUAAUAUCGCACAACAGGUGAUGAAGCAUCUUAAAGUUGAGAAUCCCAAGCAUCCAAUAUUCUCGGCAUCUCGUGAACAAUUCUCGAGGUGGAAAUACAAUAAUAUCUAUAAAAAUCAAUGGAACAACAGCGAGGGAAGACAGAUUAUAAAUAUUCUUUUCAACAUACUCUUGUACAAACCAACCUUCGAGGCAGUUAUACAUUCUUUAAAAUCAGAUCUCUUUCGACAAUACCUAUUAAUGAAAGAUAUCAUGAAUAGUGUAUCGUUGACAAUCAUAUUCCAGAGUGUAGCAAGAAGACUUGGUAUAUAUUGUGAUUUAGUAUCUUUUCUUAAUCCUUAUCAUAAUAUUCUGUUUAUGGAAGGCGGCAAAGACGAACCAUAUUAUUGGUUAUUAAAAUGGAAGCCAAAAUGUAAUGUAACAAACUCUAAUGACGAACACUGUUUUUAUAUCUAUCUCAAAGAGGGAAAAGAUGGAGCUAUUCUGAAUAAAAAUAACUUGCCCAGAAUUAAUAAUUUUGCGUUAGAAUGUCCAAUAAGUUUUGAUAGAUAUCCCAGAAUAACUUUGGUAGAGCUACUGAUAAGAUUGUCAAAAAGUUAUAUAAUAGAAAUGGAAAAUACGGAUUAUAAUUAUUAUUAUCAUAGAAGAAAUUGUAAUAAUUUCGAACGAACGUCUGAAGAAGGUCGUUGGUGGACAAGGUUUCUACAUCUGGUGCAAGAAGACUUGUUGACAUCACUGUAUGUUUAUAUGAGAAAACAAGAAGAUGCAUUUAAGUUCGUAGAUGAAUUGGAUGAACUUAGGGCUACAUGCUAUGCAAGUCGACACAUCGAUUUAAUACAACAGAGAACAACCGACAUGUUAUCUGAAUAUAAGUCUCGUUACAAUGCACCAAGCACAAAACAUAUAAAAUACGUACUCAAACCAAAGCAGAGAGUUGCUGAAAUGAAAUUUGCAGUUGGAAUGAUCGUGAAACUUAAAGGUACAAAUACUAUGUGGCAAGAUAUACCACUCGUGAUAAUAGGAUGGACGGAGAUUGAUGAUUUGGAACUGAGAGCCAAGAAUCAAUCUGUAUGGUAUUUCGUCCUUUAUGCAGAGCGAGUAUUUCGUAUUUGCGAAGUCAGCUUAGAGAAGCUAAAUACGCCGACACCUAUUACUAAUCGCGCAAUCGGCGUGUAUUUCUGUGAAUUCAAAGGCACUUAUUAUAUGCCAAAUAAGAUGUUAGCAACUGAGUAUCCAGACGAUGUAUUAUAUUUAAUUAACGAAUUGUAGCUUUUGUUUAGUGGUAUGCGUUUAAGAUAUAGAAUAUGUUGUAAACAUGAUACUGUUGGUCUAUCAAAUAUUGACAACUGUAAAACUAUAUUUUAUAAAAUAAAAUAUUUAGAAAAUAAUAAUUUCAAAAGUAAUUGAGCAAUGCAGUUUACACGUUAAUUAUAAAUGCGAUACGAUUUUAUACCAUAUAAUAAUAUGAAGAUUUAUUGCUUAAAAAUGUCCAUUGCGUUAUACUCACCUUUUAAAUUAUAAACAUCGUAAAAAUAAAGUGUAAUCUCACGUGA